UCCGAGGGACUCCAUCCCCAGACGAGUCGCAGGAGCGGUAAUCCGACUCCCUCGCGCUUUCGGGCUUCGCCACCCCGCCUCCCUCGCCGAGCUCCGACUCUCUGCUGCGCGCAAACCCGGGAAGGAAUGAGCGACGCGGCAGCAUCCAGAGGCUGCGGUAAGUGUGGACGCCUGUGUAAGUGCGAGGCCAUCAUGGUGGCAUUUAAAGGCAUCUGGACCCAGCCAUUCUGGAAAGCUGUUUCAGCAGAAUUUUUGGCAAUGCUCAUUUUUGUCUUCCUCAGCCUUGGCUCUGCGACCAACUGGGGCGGAACUGAAAAUCCUCAUCCUGUAGACAUGGUCCUUAUUUCUCUCUGCUUUGGACUCAGCAUUGCAACGAUGGUGCAGUGCAUUGGACACAUCAGUGGUGGCCAUAUUAACCCUGCGGUGACUGUUGCAAUGGUCUGCACUCGGAAGAUCAGCCUUGCGAAGUCAGUUUUCUAUGUUGCAGCCCAGUGCCUGGGUGCCAUCGCAGGGGCAGGAAUUCUCUACCUUGUCACCCCCCAGACUGUGGUAGGGGGCUUAGGAGUUACCCAGGUACAUGCAGAGCUUUCCGCUGGCCACGGACUACUGGUGGAGUUGAUAAUUACAUUCCAGCUGGUUUUUACGAUUUUUGCCAGCUGUGAUUCUAAACGAAGUGAUGUCACUGGUUCAGUGGCAUUGGCAAUUGGAUUGUCGGUUGCAAUAGGACACUUAUUUGCUAUCAGCUACACAGGUGCCAGCAUGAACCCUGCUAGGUCAUUUGGACCUGCGGUUAUCAUGGGGAAAUGGGAACAUCACUGGAUAUAUUGGGUAGGACCAAUAAUAGGAGCAGUUCUUGCAGGUUGCCUUUAUGAAUAUAUCUAUUGUCCUGAUGCUGAGCUCAAGCACCGCUUCAAAGAUGCCUUUACUAAAACAAGCCAGCAGUCCAAAGGGAAAUACAUAGAGGUGGAAGACACCAGGAGCCAGGUGGAAACUGACGAUUUGCUCCUGAAACCUGGAAUGGUCCAUGUCCUUGACCUUGAGAGGGGUGAAGAUAAGAAGGGAAGAGAUCCAACCAAUGAGGUGCUAUCAUCUGUAUGACUAGCAAGGAGCACUGAAAGCAGAGAACAGUCUACUAGCAUGCCCACAGAUAGCCUUCCACCCAUAAAAGAAACAGAUUUGUUGUAAAUUAGGCACCUACAUUACCUUAAAAUUGUAGAAAGAUGGCAGCAAUGAAUUAGAUGUUUAAUCAGAGCAUGCUCCCAUUCUCUUGAAAUGGUAGCAGUUAAACUAUGUUGGGGAAUCCUGAUAGAUUAUUCCAAAUUCAUAAAUGUCCUUUUGGGGGUGGCCACAGGGGGUCUUACUCCCUCUGCAUCCCGAGCAAAUUUUGGAAGAGACAUUGAUUUUAAUGCAGGCAGUUAUGAGUAGGAAAUAGCAAUCUUUAACAAUCUGAUUGACAGAUGAAACUUAUCUGAAGUUGCCUGUAGACACAGGAAGAAGUGUCUAUCAGAUUGUUCUUCUGACACUUAAUUGGCUGUUGUCAAUCCUGAUUAGAAUUUUAAUGACAAAGUAUGUGGCAGGCUCAGUAACAGCAGGGCCAACAUGCAGGACCCAGCAAAACCUUUCAAACCAUUGGCUUUCCCCCCCUUUUUCUUUAUUCUAAUAUAUCCUUUUCCCCCUUCCACGCAACAUUUGGUAAAACUGUAAUAUAAAAAAAAAACAGAAGUUGACAUUUGCCAUUUGAUAUCUACACACUUUCAUUUUUUCCAAAUGCCCUCUCUUUAUUACUAACAAUCUUGAAAUUGAAGGAAGUUAUAUCCACAAAAUAAUGCUAAAAACAGGCAUCAUUUUGUCAUCCAACCAUGAACAAGUUCUCACAAGGUCCAGCUGUCUACAACACGCUAUGCCUAGAACUACAGAAGAUAUACAGUGAACAAGAUAGAUCCACAUUUUACUCCCAUCUUGUCCUGGGUGCAAUCCAGCCAAAGUUAAGCACAUUGAAAUUCAAUUAAUUUUAAUAUGAGGCAUUUAUGCACAUGCUUAACUCUCCCAUUGAAAUGAAUGGGACUUGAAAGAGGCUAACUUUGGAUGGAUCAUGUCCAGUAAAAGUAUGUAGGUAUAAAAAAAGAUGAAGGCUGUUCUGUUUUCAGUGCACUUAUUCAAACAAACAAUGUUACUGUGCCAAUUUUAUAUAACUGAAAUAUUAAAAUUACUUAUCCAUUUUUCUCACAAUGUGAUUUUUUAAAUUUGUAACAAUUGGGCUUUUAUUAAUUAUUUAAAAUACUACUGGAAAAUACUUUGGUAACUGAUGUUUUGCUUUUGAAUACUCUGUUGAUAACAAGAAUUGCUUUAGAGCUGCUUCAAAUACAUUUCCUAUAUAAAAAGCAUUUUGUGAAGGAAAAAUAAUGGAAACUGCAUUCAGCUUGCAACGUUGUGUGACAUUUUAUUGCUGAAUUGUGAGUCUGCCAUUUGUAAGCUUCAAGUGAUUUUGGUUUAAAAAGGAGUAACGUUUACACUUUAUGAUUGUAGCCAGAACUGAAUUUUGCUAUGGCUGAGGUUCUCUGUACAGAUCUCAUCACUUCUCAUUAAGGGUUUAUUAAUGAAAUGUGACAAAUAUACAGAACUACUCUGAGAACACCUAUAGGAAAUGGUGUGAUAACUAGGGUUAUUUUACUGGUGCUGAAUAUUUCUAAGUAGGAAAACACACAUUAUGUCAUGCCUAACAGCCAAAAUAUGAUGGAGAACACAUUUUAUUCGCAACAGAAGUGAUAGUUAUGUGACAAAACUGUGAAGCAGCUUCAAAAUAAACUGUACAAAGAGGAAAUAAGUAAGAUUACAGCAAAAUGA